AUGGCCAAGACACAGAAAGAUGAGCAAAUCAUUCAAAUUGCUUCUACGCUCCAGGAAACGCCAUGGUGCGAUGAGUACGAGAAUAUGAUCUCCGGGAUGCUCUACAACCCAUUGCAUCCCAAGUUGCUCGACGGCCGACACAGGGCGCGAUGCCUCUCGCACAAAUUCAACACAAUUGACCCAAACUCUGGAAAUUAUCAAGAAGUCGAACAAAUUCGUGCCGAUCUGCUUAAACAAAUGCUUGGUCGAGUUGGAUCAGGCACUUUCAUCGAGCCUCCAUUCAUGCCCGACUAUGGCUGCAACGUCAUCUUUGGACAAAACUGUUUUGCUAAUUUUGGCUUGACGAUUCUCGACACCAGUUUGGUCAUCAUCGGAGACCGGGUGCAAUUUGGGCCCAACGUCAGUAUCUACAGUGCCGGCCACGAAACGAGUGUUCUCUCCAGAAUCAAAUUCGUCGAGUUCGGUCACCCCAUAAGAAUCGAGGACGACUGCUGGAUCGGAGGAGGUGUAACCAUUCUUCCCAACGUCACGAUUGGGCGUGGUAGCACCGUAGGUGCGGGCGCGAUUGUCACCAAGAGUAUUCCGCCGUAUUCGGUUGCCCUGGGAGCUCCGGCUCGUGUAGUCAAGACUCUGCCAUCUGUCGAGGAGGAGUUGGCCGAUCCCAACAACCCAUUUAGAAAUAUGCCAGACAGACAAUAA